AUGGGAAUAAUACAAGUUCAACUAGUCGCAAAUCCCAUACUUGUACAAUUAUCGCCUGACGCCCAUACUCCAGAGCAUACUCUUACUUAUUCUCCAGUUGGGAUACCUUCAUCAAGCCGAGCUUCUUCUCCUAGAACGGCUGCAGCCUCCAGUGUAUCUGGACCAAGUACGCCAUCUUUAAUUCAAACACCAUCUCUGCCGUCAUUAAAUUGUCUUAUAGAAACUCCAAAGAAACGCCUAAACGUUGAUGAUUUUUUCCCAUCAUCACCGAAAAUAUCUAAAACUUCAACAAUCAUGAGACCCCAAAUAACAACAAACGGUUUUUCUGCCGUAGCUCUAACGAUGACUAAUGAUUUUACUUCAUUUGAGAAACGUAAAAGUUUUAAAGCUUUGUUACCUCAACCGAUCAGAAAAAGAUUCUUUACCCGGAGCUCCAGCGAUGAAUCGGAUAAUCCACCAUCACCUAAUAAACCUAAAAGACCAAAGAAAACUAAAUGA